AUGGCAGCAUCAACUUCCUAUGCAACGACUAGGUCUAUUAGUUUGCCUACAAGACUAAUCCAUCCAAAAGCAAAGAGAGUUGAAGACGAGCUGAAAAAGAUUCAAGAUCUAAACUCUUCUUCAUCAGCUUCUUCUCGAAUCCAACUUGGACUUGCUCGGCUCGUUGAGCUCUACGACUUUGUUAAUGAACAAGUCAUUUGUUCUCCUCAAGGUCAACAAGCUCUUUGCCUUCCUCACAACGCAAAGCUUGUGGAAGAAUCUCUUGAUGAGUCAAUCUUGUUACUAGAUGUAGCUGACUUCACAAGAGACUUGAUAGGAACAUUCUUGGAGCAAAUCCAAGAUCUUCAAUCCACUUUACGUAGACGUGGAGGAGAUAUCUCGAUGAUUCAGUGCGAGAUCCAAGCUUACAUUAGAUUUCAGAAGAAGUUCAAGAACUCAGCGUCUAGACAACUUAAGUCCCUUGCAAGAACACAAACAAAGAAGAAGUGUCCGGUGAUCAAACGGUCAAAAACUCUUGAUCAACAUGUUUCUAUGGUGUCCAACAUUCUGAGGCAGUCACACACAUCGACUAUCUCUAUCUUCAAGUCUCUCUUGCAGUUUCUUUCUUCUUCGGGUGAGAAACAAAAGAAGAAUGGUGAAGUUGGAUGUGUAGAUAACUCAAUGGUCCGUUCUUUCUAUGGAAGAAUCAUUGGUAAGAAGACUGCAAAAGUUAUUGAUGUGAAAACAAUGAUAGGGAGAUUAGCUAUAGUUAGUGUGAGCCUUGAAGCAAUUAUGGAUGAGUUAAGUUAUUUGUCAAGACGACUUAUUCAACAUAGAGCGUCUCUUUUAAACAUUGUUACUCAAUGA